UGCGCGCCGUCGCCUUCGCCUUCGCCUUCGCCCUCUCCCUCGACCUCCUCGUCGCCUUCGCUUUCUCCGUCGAUUUCGCCAUCGCCUUCGCUUUCGCCGUCGCUCACGCCAACGCCCUCGAGGACGCCAGCCAAAGACUCGAGUGGUUUGCUGAGGGUAGUCAACGUCACGUCGAGCUUCGAGACCAACUCUGCCGGCGUCAACCUCACCGUCCCAGCCUCGGACCUGACAGACUUCCGCCGAAGCCAAGUGAACGAAUCGGAUGACGGCGCCAUAACGACGUUCGCCUAUUCGGCCAACAGCGAGGCCGCUGCGGUGGAACAGGAAUUCUCUUUCCACAGGGGAGCGACCAACGGCCACUUCUUCGGCCACUCGUUCGAUAUCGCGCCGGGCACGCUCAACGCCAACAUCACUCGGCAGAGCGGAGUGCCCAAGGCCAACAUGACCACCUACUACAUACCCCUCCUCAGUCGCCGGGCCUCGUCAUCGACACGGGACGCAUCGAAGGCGGUGGCCAAGGUGGAGGUGUUCGACAUCGUGCUCGUCACCGACUCCCUCGGUGGCGGCGACCACCUGGCGCCAAUCGACCACUCGCUCAGCUUCACUCGCUCGGCAUCGGCGGGUCCUGACGGGGCGAGCGCGACGGCCGAGUUCGUGCUGGAGCUCCGAUUCCCGCCCUUCAAUGGCUCGCUGACGUACGACCCGAGCCUGGGCAUCGGCGUCCUGCUCGGCUCGGCCGGCGGUGGCGAUGGCGGCAACGGCAACGGCGGGAGCGACAGGGCGCUGGUGGUCGGGGUGGAGGUGGCGGUGCCCAUCGCCGCGGUGGUGGUGGCAUCGGUGGUCGGUGCAGUUGCGGCGGUCGGCUGGUGGCACAUGAGGAAGGAGAAGGCGAUGAACGCCGCCAGAGGGCCGCGUGCCGUCAACUUCCACUACCACGACGGAGACGAGAUCCUGUAA